AUGGGAGGAAGAAUACGUGUAACGGACAGAACGGUGGAUUUCAUGCGACAGAUCCGGAGCAACGCGAGACAUAUUUCCCAGAAACAGCAAAAGUUGAACGAGAUUAAUGACGAGAUUACAAGCGACGAAGACAGAAUAGAGAGGCUGCUACAGGAGUAUGACGAAGUGCAGGAAGAAACUGGGGGCAAGGAUCAGCUAGACGCGAUCAAGCAAAUCGGAUCAGAUCUUAAGAAGCUCGACAGUCUGAAGGUGAGCCUUGCCGAAGAACUCAGCAACCAUAAGUCAAGUCGUUUGUUUUUCCGGGAACUCUUGGAGGACGAAAUCUGGCUGGCAUUGAUACAGAGCGGGCAGGUAAGACCUGAUGAUGACAUCUCAGAUUCAGGAUUGAGCCCGCAUGGGCAAAGCAUGGAAGACAGUUGCCAUCCAAUAAACAGCCAUCAUGACGUCGUACUUAGGCAAAACGAUCCAGAUGCUGGGCAGGACUGCGCAAUGAACGACGACCCUGACACCACCAGAGAACAGAUGCGAAAAGCAAUGUCUUUACUGGAAGCCACAAGGAACAACGUUCAAGAUGUCGGCAUGAGGUUUCGUCAGCUCGACAGACUCUGCGAGGAACAACGGCGAGACUUUGAAGAUGGCAUAGUCCCGGAGUGGCAGGACAUGACGAGGACAGAGUUUGACCUUGAGCAACUAGCUCUGAGGAUGGACCUUACCAGGGAGCUUGUGGAAGCUGAAAAAGCUUACAGUGAUGCAGGCCGCUUUGCGGUUGAAGUGGGCUACAGCCCUGACGACUCGAAUCAAUCAUGCCACUUCGUGGAUGAUCCAGAGGACGGUCUCUGUUCUGGUGACAGAUAUGCGACAUUCGUGGAAGAGAAGGGCAUGGAUUUCAUCGAAGCAUGGCGAGAAGGAAUUGCAGCAAACAUUUCGACUUCACCAGUGAGUGCGCAAGGCGACGACUGGGAUGUCGACUCGGUAAACUUUGGAGAAGGUUGUAGCACGCAUGCUGAUGAAUGGUACAAACCCAAGAUCGGGCGCUGGGAGGAUGCACGAGAGCUUGAGAGGAUGAAAUGGCAUAGAGCCGGAAUUGUGGCUCGCCCAGACACAAUGGUUUGUGACCAUACGUCUGUGCUCGAUCAUCAAGACCUAUCAGAGGCGGUGCCUCUCUCAGUCAGCCAAUAUACGGAGACGGAUUCAUCAAGAGCCGGACUCUGGAAGCCUUCGCUUGCUCGUGUGAAAGAGCUGGUGGUGACUGGACAUGCUGCCGUAGCAAGAUUUUCGGCGACUUGGUCGACCCGCUGA